AUGAAGCAAUUUGUUCAAAAGACGUCCUUUACCGCAUUGUAUAACCUUCGUCCCGGGACAACUUACGUUAUUUGCGUCUCCAGUAACGUUGGCAGACUACACUUUACAUGUGCAACUUGGAGAACCAAUCAAAACGGUCUGGACACUGAACAGGUAGAACGUAAUAAUGCUUUCCAGAUACCAGCGGAAGUUGGUGGGUUGGGCGACACCUGGACUCUGAUCGUCUGGAAACCUGCAAAAGCCUAUGAAAGGGGACGGAUCUUGGCUCCAGAGGCCUACCUCCUCCUUGCUCAACAAAUGGGCUCCCAAUGUCCGGACCAGAUGAUUGAGAUGAUUCAGACAACGGUACGUUUCGGUUGUCCGUUGGAAUCGGCAAUUUUUCCUCCUUGCGUCUUAGCUAACAAGCAUUCUAAUACUUGA